GCAGGUGGCACGUUACUAGGAGACCGAGGGACGCGGAAGAGCGGCGGGCUUGAAGUUGCUCCUGGGGUUCCAGGGGGGCAAGAGCAUGUUAGCAGGCGGAGGGCGAGGCAGGAGGGAAACCAGAUUUAGGGCAAAGUUACAACUAAGAAGAUAUGGAGAUAGCAAUCAGGCAGCACCUGUCAGAUGCUGAGAGACAUCUAGAUGUCGAAGCGCUGAAGAGUGCUUACAAAUUGAUCAAAUCAGCGAAUGAUGGGAAAUCAGCCCUUGAUGCCUUGGAGAGUUUCUCUUUUGACUUGUAUGUCAUGUGUGCAGAACAGGCUUAUAAGAUGGGUUUUCCGGAAAUGAGCGAUGACUGUCUACGAAUGUAUUUUAAAGGAAAACCUCCAGUUAACCAGUUUUUGGGUAGAGCAUAUUUGUGCAAGAGCCAAUUAUAUACCCCUGUGUCUACUGAUAAUUUGGAACAAUUUGACAAAUUCAUUGUACAUUUGCUGAAAGUAGUAGACUUUGCAUUAGGUAACGCAAGGUACUAUUUUUUGAUACAUAAUGCUUCCGUUAUAUACUGGAGGAUUGUAAGGCCAUUUCUUAAGCCUGGGUUCCGCCACUAUCUUAUUCCAAGCCUCUAUCAGAUUGUGCCUGCACUGAAACAUCCCAUUGAGCAAGACAAGGACUGGACUGCAGAACUGAUGAUAGAGUUGCUUGAGUGUUUCCUGGAUGCUUCCAGAACACAAGAAGCUAUAGAAUUUUCAUCAACUGCAGCAGCGUUUAUUAAAGAAUAUGUUCCAGGGAGAUAUAAACAAAUAUUUUCAAUAAUGGUGCGUUACAAACUAAUGGAAGCUUUAGAUAUAGAAGAUGAAGUGGAAAGUUCUGCCAAUCUGAACAUUAUUUAUAAAAUCCAAACAAUCAAGUUGCAGUUAGAUAAAAAUGAGAUUCCUCAAGACGUUGAUACUGAGUUGAAAACAAUAUACGGAAUUUUGAAAGGAUCUAGAAAGAGAUUAAACCGUAAAGAUAGAAUUUCCUUGCUGCUGGAAUUGGCUCGACUUUGCUUGAAACUAAAUUGUAUACCUAUUGCGUCUUUAUGUUUAAGUGACCUGUUCAAAUAUAAGAUUACCGAUCCAGCAAGAGAAAUUGAAUUGGACUGCUUGGAAUGCGAUUGCGAAGUCCAGAAACUUGGGCCUAGAAUUGCAACUUAUGCUAAAAGUGUUGUUGAGGCUCAGCUAAAAACAAUACAGAAACUGGACCUAAUUUUGAAUCGUGCCAUUCGACUGAAGGACCCUAACGUUAUUCAGGCGGUAUGUGCUACCCUGUGGAAUACCUGCUUACCAUUACUGCAGCACAACUUGCAACAGCAUGUCCGAAGACCAUUGCUAGCUAUUGCUGAAAUCCUAGAGAAAAUUGACAGCAUGUUGAUUUUGUUACGUUGCCAAGUUCAUAUGGAAAUUGCCCGCAUUGAAGAAAAUGGAGACAGAAUAGAGGCUGCCAUGGAACAUUUGCAGAAGGCAAUUUAUCUUGAUAACAAGGGGCUGUAUCAUGAAUACCUUAAAAUGGCAUUCAAUCGGCUUAGCUUAAAUACAAUGUUAUACCAGCCCCUGGAGCGUCUAGAAGACCAAGCAAGCUUGAUGAUUGAACAGGCUAAAAAAGGGACUCAAAAGGCUAGCGUGAGGAAAAAACGGUCUCUGUUGGUGAAUGCUGGCCAUGCACUCGCUCCCGAGGCAUUUCAGAUUGUCCUUGAUAGUGAAAAUGAAGUUAAAGUUGCUUCAAGUAAAAGUAAGGGUCCAAUUGGCUAUCUCUGUGCAAAAGCAGAGCAUCACUCCAGAAAUGUGGAGAAAGCAGAUGGGCAUUUGAAGAGAAUAGGACGCGAAAAUGAUAAAGAGAGAAUCAGACUUUGGUCAGAAAUCGCAAAAACAGCACGGAAACAAUGUGUGUGGGAUGUGUGUCGGGCUGCGUGUAGAUUCUGCCUCUUGUAUGAUGACAAUCAAGCGAAGGUGUCAAAACGCAAGAAGUUAUUCAAGAAAAAAGCAAGUAUUAUUACGGCAGAUGAGGAACAGGAAGCAAGUGUGCAAAGAGAAUUACCUUCACCCACCAAAUGCUUCUCUUUAGAAAGAGAUUUAUUAAGAACUUUAGCAGAAGUAAGAUUCAUUAAUGCAGAGGCUACUAUUCAGUUAUUAAGAACGGAAGGUGUCCAACUGAAUGAUCCCGCCGUUGUUCCUGUAGAUACGAGUUUGCACUCUGCAGGACAUGCUAUGCACAAAGCACAAACUGGGCAUGAGUCAGAAUGGAAGACAUACAGCUCCUGGAUUGACCGCUUGUCUCAGUAUGCUAUGGAAAACUUUUUACGGGCUGCCAAAAUUGGAGAAGAAUUAAAUGAAGCAUGGAUUGUACAUAACACUGUAGUGUAUGUCUUAAAUCACAAUAAACACCUUAUUGCUGCAAAAAGACAAAGAGAACUUGUGGAAUCCCUGCAUACUCUUUUCAGUGCAGUUAGGAAUAUUGGACAUUUUGGGAAUACUACUAUUUUGGUGACAUUAUGUAACGCUCUGGCUCGGGGCCUAAUUCUUCCUUGGAUCCCAAAGCCUAUUUCCAAACCUGAUGAAAAGAAAGUUCCAGAAGAAGGGCCCACCAAACGUAGAAAGACUGCUCCAAAAGUACCAACGUUAUCUUCCGCGCCAGUGUUGUCUGUGGAUUCAGCUGGGAUCCAUGAUAUUAAAGCAGCCAUAGAGGUUUGUGAAUUUGCUAUGCAUUUGCCAAAUGGGAGUGUACCUGAUGAGCCGGUGCCUGCUGCUAUGCGUCAACAGGUCAUUGCUACUUGGGUGAAAGCCAAACAGCUAGUUCAGCAUCAGAUUGGGAAGUGGCUUGGAGUCGAUGACGAGGGUAAUGAAGAGGGGUUCACUCCCAUGGCAAAAGUUUUUAUUGGUUUGGAAAUGUACUCCUGCAAUGGUUUGGGUCUCAUGGAGUUUUCGCUUCCAAACCUCUCUCAUUUGGUGAAAAUGGCAUUGGAGUGCAGUUGGUCAGACUCACUCGUGGAACUUCAGACAAUGACCAGACUUGCACAUUUUGCGCACACCAUCCAUGAUCAUGAAAUGGUUAUGACUUGCUCUCAGAAGGCUUUGGAAUUAGAUGAUAAAGCAGCAUACAACACGGAUGCAAAGAAAAAGGCAAUAAGCGAUUAUGCGGAGAGACAGGGAAUGCUAAGCAUUGCUGCUUGUACACAAGGGAAGAGUAUGAUGGAAAAUUUGGCUGGGAAGAAACAUAUGCGUUUGGCGGCAUCAAAACUCUUUGUUGAAAGUGCAAGGUAUGCAGGAGAAGCUGGGGAUCUUUCUCUUGCUAUGAUAGCAGCUAGACACUUCUGGAAUGGCUGCUUACCCUUCAUUGGUUCCUCAGCGGAUAGACAGCAGCUCAAGAAGCCCACUGAAAUCAUUAUCAAGAGCAUCAAUAAAGCAUCAGAAGCCAAAAAUAAGCAGGAAAUGGAGCGUAUGUUACACUUGCAUCAGUGGCCUACAACAGACUUUCAAAGCAGUAGCUUCUCCGAUGGGCAUUCAGGUGCUGAUGAGGAUUUGACCUUAAGGACGUUCUUAUAUAUAUUACUGUUCCAAGUUCAUGCUGAUAAACAUGACUGGGAGGCAGGCCUCAAAGUCUUAGAUGAAGCUAAUCAGAUGCUCCCUCGAACUAAGCACAGACUCCCAAUAUUUAAACAGAUGGUAAUGGUGAAGUCAAGACUUGGGCGUAACUAUAUAAUGGAAAUUCAGAAAUUCAGAGAUGAAAGUGAAGAGUACAUGUCAGAUAUGUGGCAUCGUCUGGCAUCUGUGUCGUCAGAUCUUGUGGGACAGUUGUCUUGCUACCAAAAUGCAAUUGAAGUUUUACAGAAAAAAGAAUAUUCAUUAAAGAAAGUUGAUAAUCUAAUAGCAUUUGCAGAAUGGCUGUACUCCAAUCAGUUUCCUCUUAGUGAAGCUAUUAAACACCUGGACUGGGCAGUAUAUAUAUUAUUGUACCUGAAACCUCUCCGAAAAAGCCCUGAAGAAGAAGAUUGUAAUGACUGUAUUGCCAUUGAGGAUUUAAGAAGUAUAAGGCAGAUAGAAGCUUUGUUUAGAGCUCACACGGUAAUGGCAGUCAUUUCCGGACAUAGUUCGCCUUUUCACGAGCAGCACUGUUUGCUGGCAUAUGCUUUUGUGAUGCGCAUUUGGCAGGUAUCACUGGCAGCAGCGGGAACCUUUUUAAAGACAAUGGGCAAAGUUUCACCAACUCAGCAAACGAGUCCCAAAUCGAAAGGCAAAAAAGAUGCAAAACAAAACAAAGAUGCAAAACAACCUUCUGCUAAUCAGACUUCACCAACAAGCCCUCCUAAAAAAGACAAAUCUUCAAAAGACGCUAAACAGCCACAGUCGGCCAAAGACAAAGCAAAGAAGAAAGGGCCAAGUGAAGCCUUGCCCGCAAAUGUGGAGGAGUGGGCUAGCUAUGAAUGUCCUGAUGAAAUUAGAGAUGCCUUGAAACAGGACUCAAGUGGCUGUGCUAUGAACAGGGAAACCAUUUUGGCACCUACACGUACCUUAUACUACCUAGACCUUUUAGUUAAGGAGCUACAGGCAAUUUUAUGUACUCACUUGACUGUUCCGGUUCUUCAUCUGGCUGAGAUCAUUUCUCGUGAUGUCGUAGAAAGCAAAAGUCUGUCAGAUCUCUACCAUCUUCGACUCUCCAGGAUAUGUUUAGAUUUAAAGUUGUGCCAAGCAGCAUUUAAUCAUGAGAAGGCAGUGGGUGAAAUGUACAUUAAUGAAAUGGAACAAGGAAGGUUUAGACAAGAGAUAGCAUUUAAAAAGGAGAAUGCCAUACAGAACAAGCUGAAGGAAACCAGAUUUGCGAGUUUAAAGCCAUCUGAUAUUAGUAAAAAAUUGCUUACUGCAAAAGAUAAGAUUUUGGAACUGAACCCUGUGACUGAAAAGGGAUUAAGUGGGCUUUCUUUCCCCUACUUGUGGAUAGAGAAAGCUGAAGUCCUCAUGCAAUUAGGUUUAUAUCAGCCAGCAAGGCUACUACUUGCAGAAGCACACCAUGCAACUCAGGAAAUGAAUGACCUCUGUACUGUAUCGCGGUGCCUUUAUCUUCUAGCUGUGCUAGCUAACUUGGAACAAAAACAUGGACAAGCUAAAGAACUGCUUGAAAAGGCUCAAUUGAUAGGUGGGAAUGAGAAAUUUUGGCUGAAUAGCACUUUGUGUCUCACAGAUGCAAUUUUAGGGGAAGAUGAGGAAAGAAAAGAUAAAAUGCUACAGUCUGGCCAUUUUCUGCAGAGAACUGUUAAUGCAUUAAGACCAUUAUUGCUGGGAAGACCCAACAGAGAAGCUGAGUUGGGUAUUAUAAUCGCAUUCCUUGAAGCCAGGAAAGCAUAUAUUCAUGUAGAGUUUGGUCAAGACUACAUCAAUGCUAGUAGUCAUCCUAAUGACUUAGCAAGAUUGUUGCUGGAGCCAUAUGAUAAAUUAAUUCACAUCGAGAAGGACUUCCUUUCUUAUCGGUAUAAAGAUCGUAGUACUGAGGUUUUGCUGGUACGUGCAAAUAUUCACAGAAUUCUCGGAAAACAUGCCGUAUACAAGGUAGACAAGCAGAGUCAUUACCUUGAUGCUUACAGGUUAGCUCAAGAAGCAGUAUCACAAAUGGAAGAGCUUUUUCGAUAUAUUAAUAAUGUGAUUCCAGUUAAUGAGACUAAAAAUAUAAACACUCCCUUGAUGAGAAAACUGGCUAGCAUGAAGGUGACACUUACAGAGAUCAUUUUGGAUAUUUUUGUUCUCAUCAAUAUUGAGAAAAAAAAGAAAGAGGCCAAAGCAGACGAGAUUGAGCAGAUUAUCGAGGAUUUUGUGAGGUUUACGCCUGAUGUUGCUUCUGUUGAGCAGGCAUGGUUAAAACUCAGCUGCACAAUUGGCCAUAAUGCCCAGGCUCAGCUAACAAGCCUACAGAGUCUUUAUAGUGGCUGUCCUGAUAUCAGAGCCAAGUACCUCUAUCUCACUGGGAAGUGUCUGCGUUUAAUGGCUGAUCAUACAAACCCCAUCUUUACAGAUGUUCAUUGGAGUGAAAAGGCAGCGGAGGAACCUAAACCUGUCCUUGAGAAAUCCCCCUCACCAGAAUCAGAAGCAAAAUGUGAUGAAAGUGAAACACCAACUCCGGGUUUGCAACUUACCAAAAAACAGCUUGAUGAUUACAGGAGGAAAGCAAGUGAAUUAAGGAGGAAACAGACUUGGACCCAAAGAUACCUGUUUCAGUCAACGGAGGUUUUGCUGCAGAGCAUUAAUGUUGCAAUGAAUAAUAACAUGAUUGAUAUCCUGGCUGCUGCUAGCUUGGAAAUGGUGGAGUGCUUUGGACGAUUUGAUUCCGUUUCAGCAAGCCAGUUUUUGGCCCUUUAUCAGAGCUGUUCAGCAUCACUGAUGAUGAAAAACAUCCUGCUAGCAGCUACACUGAACACCAGCAAAUCACAGCUGGCAGCAAUGCUGCAUCUGCAGCACCACUUGCAACAAAAAGGAGAUGUUACAUGCAGUCUUCUAAAAAAUGUGGAGCACAGGCUGGCUGCAAUCUCAAAGGCAUGGGGAAAUCUUUGCAUUUCUCCACAACACUUUAACAUCAUGAAUGAAUUACCACCAAAUUUUCAUGUAAUGAUUCUCCAGCAUUCAGAAGACAGAUCUUUCUUGUAUGGCGCACUACUUGAGAAAGUGAAAUUGGCCAAUCCAAAGGAACAAAAGGACCACAAGGAAAAGGGUGGACAGCAGAAGGAAAAGAGUGGGCAGCAAAAGGAAAAGAGCGGGCAGCAGAAGGAGAAGAGUGGGCAACAAAAGGGAAAAACUAACCAGCCAACUUUGCAGGCUAAAAUUGUGCGAUCCCAGGUGAAUUCUAAUACUUUGAUGAAUUUGCUGGAGAAGGUAAAGGUUUUGAAAGAUCAAAGGAUGAGGAGUCUUCGGAGACAACCAUCACCAGAAAGAAGCCAUGAAGACAAAAAUGAGUUUCAAAAACUUCAAGAAUCAGUCAUCAAAGUAGAAACAGGAAGAAAAAGUACUGAAACAGAAAAUGAAGAUGAAGAACAUUUUAUAUCAGAAUUCCAGGCUAUUAUGAAAGAAGUAGAAGAAUAUCUGAAACCUGUAUUGUCACAAUUUGAUUUCUCUGAGCUGAGGCCAAGUCCAGCAGUCUCUCCAGCUGAUUCAGGAAAAGGUAAAGGUGACUCAGGUAAAACUAAGGCAGGUGACUCAGGAAAAGGCAGAAAAGGUAGUCCAGGAAAAACUAAAGCAGAUGGCUCAGGAAAAGGCAAAGCAAGUGAGGCAGGGAAAGCAAAAACUAAAAAUAAGGAGAAAGCCACUACAGCUCCAGCUGGCAUUGAAGAUAUAGGAGAAUGCAUAAUACUACUUUUGGACAAAUGUCUUUUGGAAUUUCCUUUGGAGGGUCUGAAUAUCUUUCAAGAAAAGACAAUAAGUUCUGUGUCCAGAGACUUUUCUCUCCAAAUGUUCUACAACCGCUUACAUAAAGACGAAUCAGAAAAUGAGUUCAAAAAGGAUGGGAAAAAAGAAUCAAGACCAAAAGGUGAACACAGAAAGAGUAUGAAAGUACCUAACCUUAACCGUGUUCUGCCACCCAACUGCCUUCCAAUUGAUAUACAUAAUGUUAAAUAUGUUGUGGAUCCAUAUAAUGAUGUAACAGAAAGAGAAUCAGAUAAUCCUGCACAAAAAUUUAAGACACUUCUAGAGAAAUUUGAGCCGUUUACACUCCGUUGGGAUGGAAUUAUGGGUAACACGCAAUUUGCAAGUCAAGCAGACUGGGAAUACUUACUGAACAACUGCAGUGCAUUUAUCUUCUCUGGACUGGCAAGAUUUCUCUUAUAUACAUUACUUGAAAGAUUAGUUGCUAUGAAUAUCCCAGAGUGUCAGUUGGUGAUACUUUCAGACCUCGUGCAUUCAAAACCAAGUACUGCACGAGUGAUAAACCUUGAUGGGUUUAAAAGCUCUGUACGCCUCUCUCUGGAAAAGCCAACAGAGACAACAAUCUUUCUGAGCCUUGCUGGAGUGCGUUCUGUCAUAGCUAACCAAUGGUAUACGACGCUGGAAGAGAAUGCGACAAAAAUGGAAAGCUUAUGUGAAAAUUUUAUCAAAGUAGGCAAAACAACUGGACAGGCUGUUCGUUUUAUUCAAAGGAGUAAGAGUGCUGUGGAUGAACCUCCUAAAACGGAGCUUGAUGCCCCUGAGGACAAGAAAGAAGACCAGAGAGAAAGUCCCGGUGGGCUAAUGCAUCCUGCCCCACACCCAUCAGCUCUUAAUACCGUUUUAUAUGGGCUGCCCAACAUGAUGUUUGUGUGAUUCACAACCAAUUUCUUUAUGAAAUAUGGAAAGUAUGGAAAUAUGGAGAUCUAAAUAUGGUUAGAUUGUGAAGUAAAACUAUUUUUGCUGUAGUUUGAUAAAAAAUAAGAGUUUAUAAAAGUUUGAGCUGUGCUUAGUGGCUCUUUUGAAUUUAAAUAUGCAUUAAAUGUUUUUUUGCUAUUGAAUGUUUCCGAUUUGCUCAGGGCUUUUCACUGCAGAUUUUGAGGCCUGUUUUCCCCCUUAUGUGUACUCACAAGCUAAAUUGCAUGUGUGACACUACUACAUGCCGCCAUAGUACUAUUAGCUGUACAAAUAGCACUAUACUGACACCUAGUGAUCACAACAGUGCAUUUCAAAUCAAGUUUAGUAUGCUAACCUAGGAGGGAAAGUACCUGUUUGUUCCAGUUUUGUAUGCUUCAGUAACCAUUCGUACAACCAUCUAUAUUGACAGUAGCAGACCAACUGUGUAAAUAUAAUGUAUGUGAGGUUACAAAUAAAGUGUGCUUGUUGGGUUUAGA